CAUUGAGUCCUCCUCUUUUGACCUCUUCCUCCUAAACUUUUUUAAGACGUUAAAUAAUUCAUUUUAUACUUUUCCUCUCUCUUUCUCUACCUUCUUCGGUCGUUCAAUAAAUAAACCGUGUCGUUGAAUCAUAACGACUUUCCGUUGGAUCUGAAUCUCUCUUUCUCGAUGAACGAUUUAUUUUCAAGCUCGUUCACUCGCUUCCGCAGCAGCGGAGCACCAUCUCCUCAAGGCACCGGCGUUCAGAUGGCGCAUCCGGCGGGAGUGAACCUCGACAAGUUCUUCGAAGACGUUGAGUCUGUGAAGGAAGAGUUGAAAGAGCUGGAUCGUGUCAACGACACACUCCAAUCCUCUCACGAGCAGAGCAAGACUCUUCCCAAUGCUCAAGCUGUUAAAGAUCUCCGCUCCAAGAUGGACGGUGACGUCGGUGUAGCUUUGAAGAAGGCCAAGAUGAUUAAGGUUAAGCUCGAGGCGCUUGAUCGAUCCAAUGCCGCUAACCGGAGCCUCCCUGGUUGUGGACCUGGAUCCUCCUCUGAUCGUACCCGGACGUCUCUUCUCAAUGGUCUGAGGAAGAAGUUGAAGGACUCCAUGGAUAGUUUUAACCGCUUGAGGGAGCUUAUCUCCUCUGAGUAUAGAGAAACUGUACAGAGGAGGUACUUCACCGUCACCGGCGAGAAUCCUGACGAGAAAACGUUAGAUCGACUCAUUUCUACAGGAGAAAGUGAGAGGUUCUUGCAGAAAGCAAUACAAGAACAAGGAAGAGGAAGGGUCUUAGACACCAUUAACGAGAUCCAAGAAAGGCAUGAUGCGGUUAAAGACAUUGAGAAGAAUCUCAAGGAGCUUCACCAAGUGUUUCUAGACAUGGCCGUGCUGGUCGAGCACCAGGGAGCUCAGUUAGAUGACAUCGAGAGCCACGUGGGCCGAGCCAGCUCUUUCAUCCGAGGAGGAACAGAGCAGCUACAUACCGCUCGGGUUUACCAGAAGAAUACCCGUAAAUGGACAUGUUACGCCAUUAUCAUUCUCAUCAUCAUCAUAGUUGUUGUCGUUCUUGCUGUUGUUAAACCAUGGCAGACAAACGGAGGCGGAGGUGGAGGUGGCGGUGGUGGAAGUCCGCCAGCUCAAGGUCAAGUGCCACCACCAAGUCCUCCUCAGGCAAGGCGUCUUCUGUUACGUUGAAGUGAGUUUUGUAGUUUGCAAAUAUAUUCUUUCUUUGAAAACUUUUUCAUCAAACCAGCAUUGUGUUUCUACUUAUUACUGCUGAGUUUUUUUGUGAACCACCUUUUUAUUUGAUUUUUAUUGGGAAAAUGUCAAAUCUUUGGGUUAAAUAAGAAAUUAAGUAGAUUAUUUCCUGU